AUGGCCGCCCCGCCCGAAGUCGACGUUCACCACAUGAACGCUAGUUACGACAUGAACAAGAAGCUGUCGGACUCGACCACCAGCAUGCUGAAGAUGCAAGGCUUGCCGUGGCUCGUCCGUCAAGCGGCAGCCUACAGUGCCGUCCAGGUCAACCUGAAGCAGUACACCGACCAUGAGGGUCCGCAUUUGGACCAGGAACAGAUCUCCACGGGCAACAUCACGCAGCAAGAGCUACGCCUGUUGAACGGGGAGCUGGGUGAGCGCGAUAUCCAAUUCUGGGGAAAGGUGAAUGGAAAGAACAGGUAAGCACAUAUCAGAUACCUUGGAACAACGUGAGUCUCCAGCUAAUAUGUGUCCCUCUGCACAGGUACAUCAAGAUCUCCGACAUCGAAGACCCGUUCCUCAAGGAAGGCUGGCUCGAGGAAGGCGAGGGAGAGGAGAAGGGAGAUGUCAUCGAGAGUUGGACGGAGAGUUUGGAGAAUGGGUGGACUGCGUUACAGAUCUGGGGCUUCCAGAUGGUUGAUGGGCAGAGGAAGCACGUGAGGAGGAUUGUGUCGAAGAAGGGCAAGGAGGAACAUAAGGUCAAGCUGAUCUAUGACUUCAAGGUACAGCAGUAG